AUAAAGGGCUCGGGAAAAGUGUGUACAUGUAGGAAAGAACGCAGCAAAGUUUUCUAUUUUGUUCAUUGUCCUUGUCCACGGAGUGCAACUUUUUUUUUUAUUUUUUAUUUUUUAUAAAACACUCUGCUUCGCUUGAGCCACAUUUUUCUUUUCCCUUUCAAUUAUUGGAAAAUAAAACGCACAUUAGGAUUUACAACGGCAUGUCAGCUACAUCGGUUCUUCGCAUUGGGUCUCGUUGCACUUCUCAAUCAGCCAGGAUCCAAGCUACUGCUCCUGCCGUUUCCCUCGGAGUCCCUAGAGCAUUCUCAGUUCUUGGUCCAAAACGCUUGGUUACCAAUGGUAUCCAGACUGGCAACUUCCUUAAAGGAUAUGGGCAAGCUGUAGGAUGUGCUCCUUCCGUGUUCAGUCAGCAGCGUAACUUCCAUGCCUCAGCUCCCACGUCGGCUAGUCAACAGGACCCUUAUGCCCUUCUUGGGGUCAAGAAGAACGCUACUCAGGCAGAGAUCAAGAAGGCAUAUUAUCAGCUCGCCAAACAAUAUCAUCCAGACACCAACAAAGAUCCAGCAGCACGUGAAAAAUUUGUACAGAUCCAAGAAGCAUACGAAAUCUUAUCAGACGAGCAGAAGAAGGCGCAAUACGAUGAGUUCGGCCAUGCCGGCUUCGGUGGUAAUUCAGCACAAGGAGCCGGCGGAUUCCCUGGUGGCUUCCCAGGCGGCUUCCCAGGCGCUGCAGGCUUUGGCAAUUUUGAAGAAGUGUUUGAUUUUUUCGGCGGAGGAUUUGGUGGGCCUCGUGGAGCUAGAUCAUCUGGAUUCACGAGUGUAGGUGAAGAUCUCGAGAUACCGUUGGUGGUUGAUUUCAUGGAGGCUGUUAAGGGAUCAUCAAAGAAGGUGAUGAUUGACCCGAUCAGGACAUGUGAACCCUGUCAUGGUUUUGGAACUAAGAGCGGCAAAGCGCCUGACACCUGUAAAGUUUGCCAAGGAACAGGUCAGCAAAAGAUUUCACUCCAAGGAUUCCAUAUGUCAGCACCAUGUCAGGCAUGUGGUGGUGUAGGUACUGUGCUGCAGAAGGGCAAGGAGUGCUUAACUUGUGGGGGCGUUGGUCGCGUCCGUGUUCAUGAGAAUGUGGAUGUUCAUAUUCCUGCAGGUGCUGAUGAGGGAGUUCGUAUUCGUUUGAGCGGAAAGGGCAAUGCACCUAUCCAUGGUGAAGGCAAAGCAGGAGACUUGUUUGUCCGUCUAAGGGUAAAGCCCUCGCCUUUCUUCAAGCGUCAAGGGGCUGAUGUAUAUACCGAGACGACCAUUCCUUUCACAACCGCCGCCUUGGGAGGAACAGUCAAAAUCUCUACAGUCGAUGGCGAUGUUGACCUCAAGAUCCCAUCUGGAACACAGCCUAACGACGUGAGCCGACUUGCCAAACGCGGUAUUCAAAGAUUGAACAGGAGCGACAAAGGAGACCAAUUUGUAACACUUAAAGUGGCGCUUCCAAAAACAUUGUCCAAAGCUCAGCGUGAGAUUUUAGAGAAGUUUGCGGAAAUAACCUACCCCAACAGCACAACAUCUUCGUCAUCUACAUCAAGCUCUUCUAGCUCAAGUAAGGAUGAAUCGUCAUCGGGAGGAUUCUUUAAGUCAACAUUUGAGAAGCUGAAGGAUGAAUUGCAUCAUAAGCUGCACCCUGAUGAUAUAAAGAAUAAUGACAAUGGUGAUAACAAAGAUGACAAGAAGAAGGACUAAGAAGAAAAAUCGGGGUCCGCAAGGGCUGGAUUGUGUUGGCUUUCAUUAGUUGUGGAUGUGCCCAAUAGGGGUUAAUAAAGAUGACCAUAGACUUUAGCAUAGCACUUCUUGACUUUCAGC